AUGUCUUCUGAUACAGCAUACGCUUCACAAGAGCACGCGGAAGCCAUGCGUUUCUCUACUGGAGCCCUGGACAACAAGACACACGACAUCCAAAUGAUUGAGCAUGCAGAUAUGCAAGACUACAACAUGGAGAAUGACGACACAGCCGCAGACUUUUACGAAGAGCGAGAAGCCAAUUCAUCGAGCCUGGAUCUUGCGUAUCAUGCAUCGACCUUGUCAACGGAUGCCGAGUCGCUGUCUCGAGCCAUUGAGGCUGCAAGAGACCAGUUGGACAUUCCGGGUCUUGUGAAUUCAGAGCCUACAAAGCAUGACGCAUUGACGGUACUCUACCUGAGUGAAGCGUCCAAGAAGCUAGGCAAGACCAACAGUGCGUACUUUUAUCAGCAGCAAGCCAUGACCAUUGCAGAAAUCAUUGAGCUCAAGGCCAAGAAGCUGCAGCGGUCGCGGUACGGCAGCACGACGCCUACGGGAACGCUCAUUCCCGAUACGGAGCUGAGAAAUACGCUGGAUCGGUGGAAGAAAGAGGCAGAGAUGGAGCGACAACAGCAGCAGAAGCAGCUGAAUUGA